AUGGGAAUCGCCCAUGGCGCGACUCGUGCGGAGAUCGACCACAUACUCACCAACCGGAGGUGGUGUCUACUGACGUUCGUAGUACCAUCCUUUUGUAGUGGUUCUGAUCACCGUCUCCUUCGUGCGAAAAUACGACUUAGCCACACGAUGGAAAAGAACAUCUGCUUGGCAACGAAGGAGAAAGAAGUCGUCUACGACGAUUGCGUACUCGAGGACUCCCUGUCCCAGGUGACUGGUACAUCGAGGAGGACCCAACGUGGACUACGAGAUGCUGCUCGAGGAUUACGAGCCUGUGCUGAACGUGCCUCGAAGUCGCGCACGACAAACUUGGAUCGAAUUUCGAAGACCACCAAGGAAUUGUUGGAAAGAAGAAGGACUUUGAGGCUUGAUCCGAUGCAUCGCACAUUGAGCGGUUAG